UAGAAAGUACCCACUUUAGCCUUCAAGAAGCCGCCGACAAAGAGGUCCUGAUCCAAAACUCAAUCAGAGCCCAAGCUCAUCUGCCAUUAAAGUAAGCAAGCAGGGUAGCACAUGGUCUUUUCAGGCCAGCUAAGCAGAAAAAGUGAUGAUAUUUCUCCCAAGUGGACCCCCACUUGUCACCCCAACUUUUCCAGUACUCUUUGCAGCUCUGCAGUGCCUAUCAUGUGCUUCAUAAAUAUCAACUCCAUGUAAUCUUUUAUUAAACUCUUUCUUCAGACAUUGAAAGAUAUUCUGAACUUAGCUCUACUUGUCUCACUUUCACUUACGUGAUCUCAAACUUCUUAUCUUUUCCUUUUUUAUAAAUUCCAAGAUCUCAACUUUUUAAAAGUAUGAUGUCAGAUUUACCCAAAACUUCAUGUUAAUUUUGAUGAUGGACAAGAUUUGCAAAUCAAAGCCAAGAAGAUCUGUGCUGUUUCUGUGUGACUUUUGCAACUCAAAGCCCGCAGUUUUUUACUGCAGAGCUGACUCUGCAAAGCUCUGUUUGUUCUGUGACCAACAAGUCCACUCUGCCAAUGCUCUGUCUAUUAAGCAUAUUCGUUCGCAGAUCUGUGACGGUUGCAAAACCAAACCAGCUUCUUUUGUUUGCUCAAAUGAUAAUCUUAUGCUCUGCCAAGACUGUGAUUGGAAUUCACAUAACAGUAACUGCUCUGUUUCAGCUCUGCACGAGCGUUCCCCUGUUGAAGGGUUCUCAGGUCGUCCUUCAGUGAUUGAACUAGCUUCUAUUUUUGGAAUUGACUUAAAACCAAAUGAUUUGAUGAAUUUAAUUCCAGAGUUUUCUAUAUACGAGCAAGAAUUGAUGAAUCUGGAAGAUUUUAUGGUCCCAAAUGAGAAUUCUUCCGUUUCCUCAGCUUUGCUUAGCUCUGUUAAGGUUAACCAUGAGGUGUACAGACAACUGGUUGAGAUGGCGAAGAGAGAUUUGGUGAGAAUAAGAGGCGAUGCAGCUGAAUUGGGGCCAGGGACACCCCCUAAUGGAAGUUUUGAGCAGGGGAAUUUAUUGAGUUUUGAAGUGGAAAAUGGGGAUGACGAAGAACUGCUGCACCGACAAACUCCCUUUAUCUCUUUGCUAAUGUUGCACAACAAUGAGCUCUUAAGAAAACAUGCUUUUGUUGCUAAUGAAGGAGAGCUUAUGUGGGACUGUAAGUCUUCUUAUCAAGCUUCCCAGAUAUGGGAUUUUCAAUCGGGAAGGUCAAGAGAUUGUGAAGAAUCUGGUCCAGAAGAUGCUGGGUGCAUAAAUAGCAUAAACAAUCAUGCUUUUGUGAUUAAGAACUAUGAUGGCCAUGCUAAGGGAAGUUCCUUGUCGAAAACAAGUGUCUUUGAAGACUUGUACGAGAUGAGCCACUCCAUGAGAUGUCAAGAUGCCUUGUCUAGAAAUAACUGCUGCAAUCAACCAUUCUCAAGCUACAAACCAACAACUGAAGAGAGUAAUGAUGUACCGUUGGUGGGGUCAUCAUCAGAUUUCAAGGUGGCUGAACCCCUAAAAUGCGAUGGCACAAGAUUUGUCCAGGUCAUGGAGCACCAUAUUCUGGCUGGUAGUGACUCUAUGAAUGAGGGAAAAGCUAAGGUUGAUGCGGAACUGUUGGCACAAAACAGAGGCAAUGCCAUGUUACGCUACAAGGAGAAGAAGAAACAUAGAAGAUAUGACAAGCAAAUACGCUACGAGUCAAGGAAGGCCAGGGCUGAUACUAGAAAGAGAUUCAAAGGUCGCUUUGUGAAGGCAAGUGAAGCUCAUGAUGUUAAAGUUUAAUGGCUGUUUUUUAAUUUUUGGAUAACAUGCUCCCUCCCUAUGCUCCCUGUCUGUAAUAUCUCUUGCUUAGUUUGUCUACAAGAAUAUUAUACCCUCUAUGUCAAAAGGAAAAAUACGGUUUCAUUGCCACGAUAUAUGCUUUUCAAAAUCUGGAAUUAAAGAUGUGUAUGGUAUUACAGAGAUUUUACUUGCAUGCUCAUAUAUCCAAUGGAUCGUUAUUAGUUAUAAAAAAUCUGGAGAAGCUACUUGACGGAAGAUCCUUCAAUGUGCAGUAUUGUUGCAAAGCCGAAUUGUGAACAUUCUAUAGGUUUCUGUAAGCCCUAUGUAGAAGAGUGAGGCAGGUGAUCCUGAUGCAUCUCAAUUGAAAUCCAGUACGCUGUGAACAAUUUCUUUAACAACUACCGCAAAUACAUUCUGUAGAACAAAUAUGCUUUAUAUAGACUUGAAAUACUACAAUUUUUUCCUUUUUGGAUUCAACAACCAUGAAGAGCCUUUCCAUGAUUUGAGUUUUCCAGUGCAAAUAUUGGUGCUGCCAUGGAAUUGAGUUACUUGCAUAUUUCUACAAUCUUGAAGAGAGUUGUGACUUUUACAUUACAAAGAUUUAGCAUACUUGAAGAGCUGAUUUAGGAACCCGUGAAUCUAAUGUGCUAAUACCAAUUAACAAGUUGCCCUUGGAAAUCGAUUUAGGCAAAAACCAAGCCAUGGAUCUCAAAAUCCAGGCUAGUGGUUGACUAUAAAAUAUAAGAAACUUCACUGGUUUAUGCUGUAGGUACAUUUGUCUUGUUUUGCCAAUUAAAGUUUGAGAACACUGGAUUUCUCAUCUACGAACCAGCCUGUAUCCUGUCCAGGAUAACAUGGUGCAUCUGCGAAGGUGGUAAUUUUGAUAUUUUUGGUAACACACUGCAUCCAGGAUUAUGGCAGAACCAUUGAUGAACCGUGGUGGAGUUGACAGCUGAUCCAUCGACAACCGCUGAGCUUCUUUUAUUUUUUUGUAUAUAUUGUUGACUGUGAACCUCAUAUCAUAUUUUAUUGGUUCAGAAGUAAACGCAAAUCAUACAAAUUUUCGCAUAGGAAUCACCACAUUAAAAUGCUAGGAUUUAUGAAUAUAAAGAUCACGAAUGUACCCCCCAAGUGUCACAUGUAUGCAAAGUUAUUUUCUGAUAUAAUUGCUGGU